UUCACUUCAGUAUUUUCCUCUAGUUGAAGUGGAACCAGAACUGCUGCUGACAGUAGAAAGUCUCUUAAUGAGCAACAGGAUUUUCAUUCACGUUCAUCGGCACCGGUUGAAUGAUAAUGAAGGUACAUUUCUAAGGGGAACCAUGGCAAUGUCCUGUUUGACUCCCAUACUUAUCAAAGACUCCAGUCUCGUGGGCUGGAAGCAAAUCGGCUCGGGGGGUUUCGGACAAAUCUACAAAGCCCGGCAUCAGGAGUGGGCCUGCGAUGUGGCCAUUAAACUGCUUUACAAGGACGACGGGAAGAAUCACCAUUUGCGACAUGAGAUCGAGAUGAUGUGCCAAGCAAGCAGCCCGCAUGUUAUUCUGGUCCGAGGGCUCUUUAUGGGAUUACCACCCAACGCCCAGUCCACAACGCUGGGUCUGGUGAUGGAGUACAUGGAGAGAGGGUCCCUGGCGUACCUGCAGGAAUACCCAGGUGGCGCUCCUCCCUGGCCGCUCGUCUUCAGACUGGCUCAUCAAAUCGCUCAGGGUAUGAACUAUCUCCACACCAUGGACCCCCCCCUGCUCCACCUGGACCUGAAGCCCAGCAACGUGCUGCUGGACUGCGCUCUCAACGCCAAGCUCACAGAUUUUGGCCUCGCCCGGUUUCAAAAAAGCAUCUCGCGGGUUUCCAAGAAGACCAGCGGGGAGGAAGGUGGGACGACCAGCUACAUGCCCCCGGAGGCCUUCAAGUUAUCCUACAGCCCGACCAAAGCCUCUGAUAUUUACAGUUAUGGUAUGAUCUUAUGGUCCAUCGUCACAGGGAAACAACCAUACGCACAUGCAGGGUCCGCCUUAGUGCGGUUUCGCAUCCCGGAGGGAGACCGUCCAUCGCUGGAUGAGAUCCAGGAUCUGGCCGCGGGGCUGGCAGGGCUAACGGGACUGAUGGAGCUCAUGAAGAGAUGCUGGCACCAAACACCCCAAGAAAGACCCUCCGCCCGUGACUGUACCACUGAGUCCGAAGAACUCUAUAAGAUGCACAAACAUGGGAUAAAUGAUGCCGUCCAUGAAGAGCUGAUAAAGCUGGAGCAAAAGGAAGCAGAACGAUUGAGUGAGCAGGUCGAAAGUACUCAUAUAACCAAUCCUUCAGCGAGGGAAUGUUUUCAAGAAAGGAACAUCGAUGUGCCGACAGGUCGCCCGCCAGUUCAGGAAGUGGCUGGUGGUUGGCCUGUGAGUCGGAGAGAAAAAUCAAGAGUCCAAGAUAAACCUUCAUCCCGACCUUCGAGCGCAUGUUAUGAUGAAGAGAGCCGCCCGUCGACAAAAGACAGAGUGAAGGUGUCUUCUGUUUGCCCCAUUCAAUCCUCACCGACGUCACUUUCAACCGGGAGGUCGUCUCAAAAAGAAAAAGAAAAAUCUUACCAGAAAGAUUUUAGCCACAACCUGUCUUCCCAGUUCCAGCGUCAAUUUUCCACCCCCGACAGUUUAAGCCACCCUUCACCUGGAGUCCAAAUACACGGCAGCAAUGUAACCGGGAUUCAGGUGGGCAACAACAACACCAUGUACAUCAACGAACCCAGGGACAGGAAACGGCACCCUACAGCGCCGCCUACAGUCCCCUACCAGCCGUCACACCCAGGAAACUGGAGGGACAAGACGGGAAGCUAGAUACCCUUUUUUAUUCUCAGUUCUCUAAUCUCACAGUUUUCCGUGCAUGAUUUAUCCUUUCUUGCACAACAGGAAGAUCAUUUUUUGUAAGGGAAGCUCCCUGUCUGAAUGCAUAGCUGUAGGCCUUUAUAAAGCGAGGGGGGGGGGGGGGGUUGUAUUUAUUGUGCUUCUUCUCAUAGGACAUGUUAAGCCAAUGACAACAUUUCACACCUGUCUUUUGCCCAGUCAGCAUUUUAAAUGUGAGCCAAGUCAUAUGGUUUUUCUCUCAACUGUGUCAACAGAUAUCCACAGGUCAAGGUGCCAAAAAUCAUCAUAAUGACUGAUGGUAAUUAAUUGAGUUUGUUAGGCUACAGUGUUAUUGUUCCUCAACUAUGGCUGUGUUUGGAUAGUGCAAAUGCUGUUGCUGUAUUUUCUUCUAAUGCAUCCCCUUGUGGGUAUAUUUACAAGGUCAUCAAAUGCAGACAAGAAAAAUGUUUCCACCAUUGUAUAAACAUUUUGAAAUAACGAAAAGAUCAAACAGGAAGUGGAAUUUAAACAGAAGUGUGUACACGAUGUUUCCCUGGAUUUUGCAACUUGACAUUGUUUUGUAGUAUGCCAAAAAAAUAAUACCAUGAAGGAUACUUAUCUUCUCUGGGAUGGGAUUAUUGGAUGUAUUAACAAUGAAACAACAUUCAAAAUAUCCCAAGAGUUCUGGACAGUAUAAACAUGAAGAACGUAGGGAUUGUAUUCCUCUAAAAGGACUGUUUAAUUUAACUUAAAGGUGUUAAUAAAUUAUAUGUUUUUACUCAAA